AUGUCGGCUGCGCAGUACUCUAUCCUUUUGGCCUCCCCUACGGAGGCUUCCAUUCUCGGAAAAAUCAGCGGUGACUCAUUUCUCACUGAUCGCCAUACUCAAAUGAAAGGGCUUGGAAAAAAUCCUUAUAAACUAGAGAAUUCAAUGGCAGCAGCCGUCGCCCGACAAGCGUUAUCACCAUCGAUUGUCGUUCUAAAAGCAGUCGACAAUGAGACAGGCGAAAUCGCAGGCUGGGUCUCGUGGAUAUUUCGGGGAUUUACAGUCGAAGAAACUGUGGAGAUACGGGAUGCAGUUCCUUAUGUAGAUACCACGCUGAAAAGCCUUGAACAAAGCAAUGACAAGCCUAUACCAAAAGGCCAGAUCAGGAAAGACCGUGACGCUGUCGAGGAUGACCCAAUCAAGGAACUUGAAAAAUUGACUGAUGAAGACCUGAAAUCAUGGAUGAGUAAACUCAUGGCCGAUGAUACUAGGUGCAUGUAUAUCAGCUCCCUUUGCGUGGCGCCCAAAUGGCAAUCUAAAGGCGUGGGAUCAGCGCUCCUGCGAUGGGGAACGAAGACAGCGGAUACAGCGGGAGUCUUUAUAUGGGUACAUUCAUCGGAAAAUGCAUGGCAUUUGUAUGCAAAAUAUGGUUUCAAAGUUAUUGGGACACUUGAUGUCGACCUGGACCAGUAUGCUCCUGCACCAGCGCCAGAUAAUGGGGGUAAAUGGGGACACUAUGUGUUUUGGUACAUGAGGAGAGAGCCUUCUGAGAGCCAGAGAUGA